AUGUGGACACUCAACGAGAUACCGCGACCGAUUUCGCUUCCCAGGGAUCAUGUCACAAGACCAGAAAGAAGGAUCUACGAGGUUGAAAGGAACACCCGGGUGGAUGCCUUGCGAGAAGAACUUAACACUUUAACAUUACAGAAUGCGCCGACCCUACCGCCAGCUCGCGUUGCGCCCGAUACAGUCCUUCCUCGUACCACCAACUCGUCUCGCAUCGAGCUUGCACCCGAAGUCUCAACCGCAAACAGAGGAGGAGCAUACGCAGCAGUGUUUGGGUCUGGGCCGCAGACAAGGAUGACCAGUCACAGCGUCAGUGAUGACCGCCGAUUCGGUAUCUAUCUUCCUGGUGCGACUGCGAGCGAGGACAACCUCGCACUGCAUCGACUGGCGGCAUUUACGCUUCGCGUCUUAGAGGGCCGGGCCGCAAGUCUCCCACCUACAUCUCCAAUGAAAGUAGCGGCUUUGGAGCAACGUACACGCCGACCGCGAGGAUCCACACGUCGAAACAAUCCUCCCCCCAACCACGAUCCACCUCCAGAGUACGUCGCAUUCGAUCCCUAUCCCUUUUUUGAUGCCAAACCAAAACCCCGCCGUCGAUCAACGAUAGAAAUCAUCGAAACCUGCUGCAGGGACGGAUUCAAGGCUACGACAGGCAAGGUCGGCAAGAGUGUGGUCAAACACAUCGAAGACGUUGGCAAGAUAGCCAAGGAUGUACCUACUGCCUUCAAGGAAGCUCAGGUGAGAUUGAGUUCGAAGAGGGCCAAGGAUAAAAUUCGAUGGUUGGAGAAGCACAACUACCUGAGCGGACAGGAGAGGUUGCUGACGCAGGAGCUCGUUGGCUGA